CAAAAAACACCCUUGCCUGGAAGUUCCCAUCCUCAGAGAUUCUGGUUUGAUUGGCCGAGGUGCAGCCUGGGCACCAGGAUGUUUGUGAGCUUUCCAGACGAUUCCAGUGGGCACCUGAGACAGAGCUACUGUUCUAAAUCCUCAGGAAAUGAGACGUCUACGGCUGCCCAGUGGUUUUUCAGGGAAAGGUUGCUGGGGCGGGGGGUGAGGGGUCUGAAACCUGAACGGGUUCCCUCUGUUUUUCUGAUAAAACUCACGAGGAGCGUGGGGGCCGUGCAGGGCCCUUCCGGCUCACGUGCUUGUCCAGGGUCCCAGAGGGUCUGGCAUCUGAUGAAAGGGAGACUCCGGGUCAUGUGUGUAUGUUUCUCAUUAAGUUCUACCUUCAGAAAUCAGCUUGGGAGACAAAGCAAGAGAAGGUGAACUUGUUUGAACAGAAGGAGUGUCUCUUCCUUCAAGCUCGCCAGCCAGCCUAUAAGCCUUCAUAAAGCAGCGAAGGCGGCUCCCUUCCCUGGCCGACUCAUUGACGGCAUUCACCAGAGUGGCUGGCUGCUGAGAUAAAGGGUGUGUACGCGCCACACUCCGGCCAGGAGAGCCGAGCAGUUAAACUACUUGCUGUCUCCUUCAAAGCCCUAGGAUAUGCACAAGUUCCCUGCAAGGGCCGACCCACCACAAUGAGGCCCUGCCCAAGGAGACUGGGUCGCCUGGGCCACGCUGUCCAGUGGCUCCUGCUUUCGGCUGUGCUCAUCUGCCUCUUCGCUCUGCCCUCCUUUUUUAAGGGAUCCAAUACAAAGCCUAUCAGGCGUCAGCAUGCAGAGAACAUUAAAGAAAGGUCGCCAGAGCUGCUACAAAAGAAUUCAUCCCGGGCAACCCCUACGGCAAGGAGGACGGCCACCCACGUGGAGUCAUCGCAGGGGCCCAGCACGAAGGCCACACACCCCAAGGCCACCACCCACGUGGCUGGCAAGGGCAAAGGGGCAGAAGCCAGCAAGGCCAGUGCAGAGGAGCCGAGCAGAGCACCCAGCGCAGCCAGGACAGCAGCACUGGAGACGCAGGACAGCAAGGAUGCCACCGUGGACACGCCGCCCCCGAAGGGUCAAGGCAGGGGGAUGACCUCUGGCAGGACAGAGGCACCAUCGCUGAAGGCUCAGGACACAAGGAUGACCGAAGGACCAGGGGACAAGAACUCGAGGCUGAUGGCCCCAAGGACAGUGCCCACAAAGCCUCAGGGCCACUCGAGAGCCACAGCAAGGAUGCCCCUUCCAGUCAGUCAGGGGGUGCGGGCCCCAGCAGGAGUCAGACUCACAGGAGCCACCACAGCGGCUGUCCCACCCGAGAAGAGCACCCAGGCCACCCCGUCUUCGGCCCCUCCGCAGAGCCCCACCACCCAGAGAGCCCAGAGACUGCAGGCCGCCAACUUCAAGUCCGAGCCGCAGUGGGAUUUUGAGGAAGAAUACAGCCUGGAUGUGGGGGGGCUCCAGUCAACCUGCCCUGACUCGGUGAAGAUCAAGGCCUCCAGGUCACCCUGGCUCCAGAAGCUCUUUCUGCCCAACCUCACCCUCUUCCUGGACUCCAGACACUUCAACCUGAGCGAGUGGGUUCGCCUGGAACACUUCGCUCCACCCUUUGGCUUCAUGGAGCUCAAUUUCUCCUUGGUGCAGAAGGUGGUGACACGCUUCCCCCCGGUGCCCCAGCAGCAGCUGCUCCUGGCCGCCCUCCCCAGUGGGAGCUCCCAGUGCAUCCGCUGUGCCGUGGUCGGUAACGGAGGCAUCCUGAACAAUUCCCACAUGGGCCGGGAGAUAGACGGCCACGACUACGUGUUCCGGCUGAGUGGAGCUGUCAUUAAGGGCUACGAACAGGAUGUGGGCACUCGGACAUCCUUCUACGGCUUUACCGCCUUCUCCCUGACCCAGUCACUUCUCAUCCUGGGCAGCCGGGGCUUCCAGCACGCACCUCUGGGGAAGGACGUCCGCUACCUGCACUUCCUGGAAGGCACCCGGGACUAUGAGUGGCUGGAAGCACUGCUUCUGAAUCAGACCCUGGUGAAAAAGAGCCUUUUCUGGUUCAGGCACAGGCCCCAGGAAGCUUUCCAGGAAGCCUUGCAAAUGGACAGAUACCUGUUGCUGCACCCGGACCUGCUCCGCUACAUGAAGAACAGGUUCCUGAGAUCUAAGACUCUGAACACGGCCCACUGGAGAAUAUACCGGCCCACCACGGGGGCCCUCCUGCUGCUGACUGCCCUUCAGCUCUGUGACCAGCACACACAGCGUGAGCCCGGGAGAAGGAGCCUGGGAGGCACACCUGCAGGCCUUACUUCUCCAGCAUUCAUGCAGGUGAGCGCCUAUGGCUUCAUCACUGAGGGCCACGAACGCUUCUCCGAUCACUACUAUGACAAGUCAUGGAAACGGACUAUCUUUUAUAUCAACCAUGACUUCAGGCUGGAGAGAACACUCUGGAAGCGGCUACAUGAUGAAGGUAUUAUCCGGCUGUACCAACGUCCUGGAACUCCCACACCGACCAUCUGACUGGAGCCUGGGCCAAGAAGGCCCUUCAGUCACAGCAAGGAGCGUGGGGCAGUGGGACGUGGAGACGCCUGGGCUGUUUCCCAGCGCCUCGACCAGGCUGCGAGUCCCUGCAGACUCCAGGUGACACCACAGAGCAGGCAGAUGCCCUCAGGAUGGUAAAGGACUGACUGAGGCUUUCGAGACCUUGGAAAUGUAUUCCAGAGUCUGUUCCAUGGAGGUGCAGGGGCUCCACUCUUUUUUUUUUUUUUUUUUUUAGGGCCGUACCCAUAGCAUAUGGAGGCUAGGGGUCCAAUCAGAGCUACAGCUGCCAGUCUACGCCACAGCCACAGCAACACCAGAUUCGAGUCAUGUCCUCGACCUACACCACAGUUCAGGGCAACGCCGGAUCCUUCACCCACUGAGCGAGGCCAGGGAUUGAACCUGCGUCCUCAUGGAUCCUAGUCAGAUUUGUUUCCACUGCAUCACGACGGGGAAUUCCAGGGGUUCCAUUCUUGAGACCAAGGAAUUUUAACUGAACCUUCCCUGUCCCAAGGCUCCGAAGAAGGAGCCCGAACUUACAGAGACACAUAGAUUUGGCGUUGACUUCCAGAUCUUCUAUUUAGCAGCUGUGAAAUCUUGAAGGCAUUACUUAAUUUCACUCUAAAUUGUCUAGAGGAUGCUUCCAGGGGCUAUCUGACUCUAGAAGGGGCGACACCUUUCCUGGUCUUUGAGCUACUUGACAGCUCUCUGGGUUGUAGCAAACUGACAGCGACAAAAAAGGUUCUUGUCCACGGAGAGACAAAUAAAUUUUGUACAGUGAAAAAUGACUCCCCUUUGAAUAGUGACGGGUUUUCUUCCUCCUAGCAAAUUCAUUUUGGCAUGCUUGAUUGCCCAUAUGUGUGUGUCUGGAUUUUGAACCAGUUUUUACCAGUAAUUCAAUAAUUACAAAGUUAAAUAAAACUUAC